AUGCCACGGCCACACUCGAUUCGCUCUCUCCAAAUGCCUCAUGACAGUUGCGACCAAGCCUUUCCACAAGCCCCGCCCUCACCCUCGCUCUCCACCACAACACGAGCCUCGCUCGACUUGCCCUCUCGACCAGCCGUGCUGAUCACGCGAGCAGACCUCCGCACCUCGCUCGCUGCCUACGAAGCGCUUCUCGCUUCUGCCAAAGCCUAUACCUCUGCAAUGCUAGCCAUGGCGAAAGCCUCCUCGGACCUCGGCUGUGCUCUGGAAACAUGUGCACGAGUCAAAGGCGCCCACGAAUCCGGUCCUGCACUGCAGGCAGCAAGUGGGUUGCAUUUCCUCAAAAGCAACUACGAACAAGUCCUCUGCGAUACCUUCUGGAAGGACUUUUCCAUCCCCCUUCUCAGUCACUACGACACCUAUCGCUCCGCUUGUACAGAUCGACAAGUGUCCCACGACAAAGCUGUCGCCUCCAGAUCCAAACAAUUGAAGCAAGCAGAAGCCAGGAACAACAGGGCAGGCAGGAAAAAGGAACGCGAUCUCAACUCUUUUCGUCGUGCUCUUGCCGAACUUCAAUCCCACGUCGACGCUAUCGACCAACUCAAAGCGCAGUACUACAACGAGGUAUUGGAUGCAGAACAAGAGGUGUGGCAGUUUAUCGAGAGCAAAGUUGCUUUGGUUGUUCGCAGUCAGAUUGAAAUCUCGGAGAGGAUCAGUUCGAAAGGCUUGAACGAUCCAGUGUUGGAGGCCAUGCUGGCAACGAUUCCGGAUCCAUUUGGUAGUUAUGGUCCUGCCAAACAGGAUGGUGAGAUUUUUAGCAUUCUCCCACCGAUCUCCUUGUUGAGUUCAGGGGCGAAUAGUGUUCAUGAUACAAGUACCGAGGCUGCGGCGACGACGAAUGAAACCAGCCUUACGCAUGCUGAUGUUAGGAGGCAGGAUGCCAAACCUACUCCAACAGGUGUGGUCGGGGGAAAGAGCAAAAGUGUUUUACCAGCAGACAUCAUGUCUCCUUCAACGCCGAGUAAAGGACUUUGGAGAGCGGCUCAAGCUUCGGCAACAGCAACACCCACGCAUGCUGGUCAAAGUGCAACCGAUCACUUACCCUCGUCUUCUACUCCCAAGGCGAACAAAGGCGCAAGUGCUUCGACAGCUACUACACCUAAAGCUUCUCGCAGCAGCAAGAGUACCUCCCUCAACGGACCUACUCAUUUGGCCAGAGACUCACUACUCGCUCUUUCAGCGGUCUCAGAAGCAACUACAGCUGUCUCCACCUCGAAUGGCAGCUCUCCCACUGCUUCAGGCGGACUGUUCGGCUCGGAAAGUGUCGAUUUCGAACAACUGCUUUCGAGAGAACAGCAUGCGAGUCAAGACGGUCGCACGCAAGAGCAAGAACAACAUCCCACUCUCACCCUUGCAACACAAACGAUCCAGUUGGCCAACAAGGAUGCCGCCGAAGGCCAAACAGCAACGAGCAGACUCUGCCAAGUACUAAGCAUCAUCGAACAAGAUGCUAACGGUCCGCUGAGUAGAGCAGCCAAGGUUGGCCCUGCUUCGCGACCUGUUUCCUCGGUCUAUGAUGCUGGUCCGGAUCCUUUUGCUGGUCCGAAUUCUUUUGCUGGUCCCAACUCUUUUGCUGGUCCGAACUCUUUUUCUGAUCCUGCUGAAUCGCCUUGCCAUGCCAGAGAAGCGCUAAAAGAUGGAUCCGAAGAGGGCAGCGAGUCGGUCAAAGCAAACUCGACGGUAGAUGAAGCAGAACAGAAGCAUCCGAACCAGCGUUCUCCUCAACACUGCCGUACUCCAUCCAAGAUGAGCAUUGACCAGAGCACACCACCUUGA